CGCAUGCUGCCGCCUGUGGUUGCAUUCAAAUAGAAACCGGAAGUGUUGGGAAGCCUGUGAUGCGUGCGUAGCUCCGCUUGGUCGUUUAUUACCUUCUCUGCCUGAUGCGAGCUGGAAAGAAUCGGCUUCAGUGGCGACUGUGUGAAUUUGUUAUCGGCCCUGGAGGAACCUGCAUUAUGCGGUUUAGAGCGAAAAUCGUGGACAUUGGAUGCUUAAACCAUUUCACGCGUGUGAUAAACACAAUUGCCAAGCUAGCCAAGACCUGUACCCUACGCCUUACAGUGGACAAACUUUACUUCAUCCUCAGUGACAAAGUGGCAAAUGGAGGUGUUAGCAUGUGGGGUGAGCUCAAUCAGGGAAACUUUUUUGAUGAGUUCCAAAUGGAAGGAGUAUCUGCAGAAAUCAAUGAAAUUUAUUUAGAGCUGGCACCUGAAAACCUCUCCAGAGCCUUAAAAACAGCCCAGAAUGCCAAGGCAGUGAAAAUAAAGUUGACUAACAAGCACUGCCCCUGCCUUACAGUAGCUGUGGAUUUGCCUUCCUUGUCAAGUAGUAGCCGUGUUGUGACUCAUGAUAUUCCUGUGGUGGUGAUCCCAAGAAAGCUGUGGAGUGACUUCAGAGAGCCAAUUGUGCCAGAUUUUGAUGUCAGCAUUUAUUUACCAGUUCUGAAGACCAUGAAAAGUGUUGUGGAGAGAAUGAAGAACCUCAGCAACUCUAUAGUCAUAGAAGCAAAUCGAAAUGGAGAAAUGAACUUGAAAAUAGAAACCGAUUUAGUGUCUGUUACAACUCACUUUAAAGAGCUUGGGAAUCCUUCCUGGGUAUCUGAGGAUGACUGUCAAAACUCUGCCCGAGAUCCUGAGAACAUGGCUGCUGCACGAAUUGACAUUAAGAAACUCCUCCAGCUGCUUGCAGGGCAGCAAGUGAAUCCCACAAAAGCACUAUGCAAUAUUGUAAAUAAAAGACUUGUUCAUUUCAUCCUGCUCCAUGAGGACGUUUCUCUGCAAUAUUUCAUUCCAGCCCUUGCCUGAAUUGAACGGUCAUUUCAGAUGCAGCUGUUCUCCAUGCCAAGGCCUCUCCUGAAGAUGCUGAAACAGGCACCAAAUCAGGGGAAGGAUUUGAUUUCUAUCAAAUCCUUUUUGUAACUACUAUAGUUUCUGUGAACAGAAGUAUUUAAAGCCAUAUUUUCACUGUAAAUAGAAUUUAAGUUAAAGUGUGUUUUUAAAUUGCAUUAUGUAUUUUAUUAAAGAGAUCAUUCUUUAAA